AUGGAAGACGAGGGGCAGUGGCCGCUCGUGCUUUUCGGGUUUAUUUUGGAGUCGAUUAUGAUGGUUUUCACAAUGUUGUGGACCCCAUUUUCGUUGUAUAUUGUUUUCGUUACUAAUCCCUAUCGCUGGGUCUUUAUCCUCAUCCAGACCUUCAGCACUGGGUGGUCGCUGUUGAAUACCUUUAAUUAUACCUAUGCGCUCCUUGGAAACCUUGCUUGUACAAUUAUCGCGGUCAUCCAUACCUACUUGUCUUGCUUGUCUGCCAUGCUUUUCAUCCGCCUAAACGAUCGGAGGAGGCAGCAGCUGUGGCACAAUUGGCGAAAACACGGUUAUUCACUGGCGAAACGAUAUCAAGUUCAUGAAAAUAUCAAAGCUUAUAGGGUCCUCGUCACAUUGGUGGUCAGUUCCCUAGCUUCUCACACCGCUAUAGCCUCGGUUUUCGCAACCUAUCAAUUAUUGGACCUCUCUUGGGCCUGGAAAAAUCGCCUGGCUGUACUGAUGGAUUUCCUUUUUGCUUUUUACGUCUUCCUGAUGAGCUUUAUCGGUUACUUCACACACGAAGCGUGGUAUAACAUGGCAAAAUCUGUGACCCUACAACUUCUCAAAAAAUUCGGGUAUAGAUGCCAUGGCAGGUGGCGAAUCCACGCCACCGAGGCUGCGCCUAGCUCGAGCAAACGCGGGCCGGAAUCGACGGUUAUAUUGAAUACGGAUGGAAAGCAUAUGUACCUGGGAGCUACGCAAGAAGACUACUUCAAGCAACUGGAUGCCUUGUGGGCCGGGCCACCGGGCAAG